GAUUUUUUGAAUUUCUGCUGAGCUUCUCGGCAGUCUUCUUUAGUCUAAAACGUAAUACGAAGGUCAAGCGACGCUCAAGGCUGCGUAGGUCGGAGACUAAUUGCCAACUAAUUUGUUCUUAUCCCGAAUGGGAAGAAAACAUUUCUCCUAGAUCACUGGCGAUAUCGUCCGCGUUUUCUCCAAUAAUUGCUCCGGGAAGAUAGAGCAGACCACAAUCGGCUGAAUUAUUCACUCCGCCGAUCGAUGGCAUCGAAAAUAGAACUUUUUCGACUAUUCUGAGCUGCAUACAUUUUAGUUCGUAAUUUAUAAAAGUUACAAAUUUUAUACAACGCGAUAAGAAUAAAUCUUCCUCAUUUUAUCGGAAACUGAUGCGAAACUGAGGGCAUAGUUCGUUUUGUUAACUUCGUUCGAGAAAAGUGUUUAAAUUCACGCACAACUCGGUUUUGCUUGAUUCCACGUGAUAUUAUAGGUAUUUAUAUGAUGUCACCUCAAGCUAUGAUAAUCGAUUACAGGGCUGAAUAUUGGAAGUCCCAAGGCCGCAAGUUCUGCGACUUCUGCAAGUGCUGGAUCGCCGAUAAUAAACCGAGUAUCGACUUCCACGAGGGCGGCAAGAAGCACAAGGAAAAUGUCAGCAAGCGGCUCAAGGAAAUUCACAAGAAUAGCGCCAAGCAGGCGAAACAGAAUAAAAAAUUGGAGGAUGAUAUCAAGAAGAUGGAAAAUGCAGCAAUGGCUGCGUACUUGAAGGAUGUCGAGAAUAACACACGAGACAUGACGGCUCAAAGAAUCAUUAAAGAAAAGUUGAACAGAAUAGAAACGACAGAAACACCUCAAAAUUGUAAUCGAAUGCCCUUAGCCGCUCCAGAGACAGUACCAAGGUUUAAAAGCAGUAAUAGAGAAUUCUCGCCGAAAGUGGAUCCUUGUGACCCGGCAACUUUGUCAAAGAGUGCGCCAUCAUUUCCACGAGUCCAGCAGCAGGGCGGCGAGAACAGGACUCCGGGGAAGAGUAAAACGAACAAGGCGAAGGGAAAGGGGAAAAAGACUCAGGAGGAUGAUCGUUCGACCGCACCCGUCAGAAAACUAUGGUACGAGGCUCGUAGUCCCGAAGGAUAUACUUACUACUGGCACAUUGAAACGAACGAAUCAGUGUGGGAACCUCCAGAAGAGGGUUACAUGACUUUUGCGGAACAAGAAGAAGAAGCAAAAGAAGAAAUGCUCCAAAAAGAGCUCAUGGAACAAUUGGAUAAAGAGGAAGCGAUCAAGAAAGCAGAUAUUCUCGAGGAACAACGAGCCAAUGCCGAGAGAGAAAAAUUGAGGGAAUUCCGGAAACCUACUAGAAACGCCACUGAAGAUGACGACGAAAGCGCGGAAAUGAAGAAGGAGAUGGUCGAAGAGGAACGAUCUUAUUGGCGAGACUACAGUGUGCCCGAGAGACCGCAACCUUAUGGGUCCUGGCAAGUUGUGGAGACAAUCAAAAAGAAUCCUGUGGACCUUCAAUUACCAAAACAAAAACAGAUACAGUUACCCACAUUUGAGAAAAUAGAGCCGCUGCCACCUCAAAGGACUUUUAAGGAAAAAACUGUUAUUCAGAUUAGUACUGGUGAUAGUGAUGAUGAAGGGAUUCCCAUUACCUUCAAGAAGAGAAAAAUUGGUAACAAAAACGUGCGCAAAAGAAUGAAUGAUGAUUGAUUGUGAUAUUCAUUUGUGAAAAAUGAUAUAAUCUUUUAUUUUUUAAUUUACGCUUAAAAUAUUUUUGAAACAAAAUCAUGGAUGUGUAUUAUUAAAUUAGCAUAAUACUUAGGCAUUUAUGUAAGUAGCAGAGUCUUCACUCAUAUAUAUUAACAUGUAAAUAAGAAAAAUUAGUACUUUAUAUAUCUAUACAAAUAUCAUAACUG